AUGGCAUCCAGAGUAGGCCCCCGAAGCGCCUCGGACGCAACGCGCUUCACCUCGACCACCCCGCAUGCCGCCUCUAAGCACUCUCCCACAUCGUCGAAAGCAGCUGCGUCAAGUAGCCCGACUUCUACACCACAGAUCCCCGGACGGGUACCGGGCGAGAGCCCCGAGGAGCGUGUCCGACGUCUCCGCGCGGCCCACGAGGCGGCGCGCAAGGCUCAGACUUCCAACGUCGACCGUGUUAUCGGCAACAGUCGCCGCUUCUUCGAUGUUGCGCACAAGGCCACCGUCAUCGGCUUGGUCGGUUUCACGGCCAUUGCCGGUCUCGUCUCAGUCUACUCCGUCUACGACAUGGUGACAUACAAUAAGCAGCGCCGCGCAGACUUCAUCGAGGCGCAGCGCAAAAUGGAAGAGGACUCUCUCGCAUCCGCCCGUCUGGCCUUCAUCAACGGCACCGCAACCGACGCCCAGGUGACCCUCGUCGAGGAGGCCAACGCCCGCGCCCGCGAGACAGGCACCAAGCUCCCGCCCCUGCUGUCUGCCCCGACCGUCACUACGCAAGCCGAGAGGAUCUUCGGCAACGGCCAACACACCCCUUCCGCCAACGUCACAACACCAGACACGACCGCUCCCACAUUCCCCACGACCGCCGAGGCGGCGCCAGUCACCAAGAAGAGCGGCUGGUGGCCCUUCUCCUCCCGUUCCGACCCCUCCGAGUCCCUGUCCGAGGAAGACGAGCCUUCGGGCGUGCGCAACAGCGACCUCGUGCGCGCCGUCGAGUCGCGGAAAGAGCUUCUUCAGGACAAGGCCAAGGCCGCGUUCGAGCGUGAGAAGGAGAACCAGAGGCGCGGGGGCGUGCUGGACCAGGUUGGUCUGCCGCAGGAGGAGAAGAAGGCCGAGAAGAAGGGGUGGUGGUAA